AUGGGUCGCGUUCGUACCAAGACCACCAAGCGCGCCGCUCGCGUUCUCAUCGAGAAGUACUACCCCCGUCUCAACCCGGUGGACUUCCACACGAACAAGAAGGUCAUCGAUGAGGUCGCCAUUAUCCCCUCGAAGCGCCUGAGGAACAAGAUUGCCGGCUUCACCACCCACCUGAUGAAGCGGAUUCAGCGUGGCCCCGUCCGCGGCAUCUCGUUCAAGCUCCAGGAGGAGGAGCGCGAGCGCAAGGACCAAUACGUGCCCGAGGUCUCUGCCCUGGACUCGUCGGUUGCGCCGCUUGAGAUCGACCCUGACACCGAUGAGCUGAUCCACAGCCUCGGCUUUGACAACCUCCCGGUCACGGUCACCGCCCCGGUCACCCUCUCGCAGGUUCCGGAGCGCAAGGGUCGCCACGUCCCUGGUGCCGGCCGUCGUUAA